AUGCCAAACAGAGAUACGACCGUCGUCGACGACAUUCCUCAAUGGAAAAAAGAUUUAAUAGCCAGGCUGAGGAAUCAAAAUAAAUCGUUCGGCGCGAGAGAUCGCCAAUCGGCCCCCCAUCAUUCCCAGCGAACGGUACAACAACCUAACCUAACAGGCGGUGGCAUCGAUUGUGCAUCGGCACCAGCAGCACCAGUAACGCCGGAUGUUUCGCGGCGCACCGAUGUGCUCGUGCCGGCCGCCUCGCGUGACGUGACGUCGAAAAUGGUGCAAGAGCGCGUCUGGGCCGACGGCCAGACCGGCCGGUUCGCCGUCGACAACGCCUGUCGCAAGGGCAGCGAUUCCGACGAGUCGGAGGAGCUGCGCUACGGGCCGGGCAUCGUCAAGAAGCUCAAAAACAAGUACCUCAGUUUGGCGCUGCGCGAGACCAACAACAGACGGCCGGCGCUGCAACAGCUGCGGAAGGCCGCCUCCCUCGAGGACAUACUCGACGACGUCCAGGAAGGUAAGAUCGCCAACGGCGAUGGCGCGGGCAAUGUCCAAUUGCGGUUCAGAUCGGCCGGCCGGCAGUCCGACAUGAAGCGGGCGCGCUCCGUCGAGCCCGUCUCUCGCCUCGACAGUCCCGUGUUCGAUAAGACUUCGGUUUCUAAUCGACAAUCGCUCAACGAAGAGACUCUUAUCGCCGCCCAGAAGGAAGGAAACGAUUACGGCUACAGGAAAAUGCAAGAUAACGUCGAUGCCGUGCAGGAAAACAAGUUCAGUCAGAGAAUCAACCGGCCCAAAAGACUGCAACCGAUGAUGAGCGAAAAGGAGAAACCGCCCGUCGAUGUCGUCAAACAAGCCAAGAUGAUUUUCGAAAGGCGGCCCGAACAGAGGACCAAAAAACCGCCGACGACGGGCGACGUCGCCGCCAAAGUGGACUCUUACAAUAACAUUAUAGUCAAAGCUAAAGUUGAAGCUAAAGUUUCGAGGAAACCGCCAAUCAAAGGUAACAAACCGUCUGUUAACGACAAAAGAAACGGAACCAACAGAUCUCUAGUGAAGCCCAAAGACGCUUUGAAAUUGCAAUUGAAUAAGUCCAACAGCGAUUCGUCUUUGAUCAGCCCCAUUCCGGACGUUUCCAGGAUAUCCACCGGCGAAUCGCCGGAAUCGCCGCAGACGAAUCUAUCGGAAACGCCCGAUUUAAUUCUCACCACUAGUCCGAUAUCCACGCCGUACUCGCCCACCUACAAAUCCUUCGCCGAGAACUUCGUCAAAGAAGACUCUCCGAGCGAUCACAAGCUAUCCAGCCCGUUGGUGAGUCCCAACCGAAUCAAACCGGCCAGCCCGUUGAUCAGCCCCAGUUUCAACAGCAGAAGCCCGGGCAAAUUCGACGACGCCGACUCGCCGGGCACCAAGAAAAUCUCGCCGACGAGCAUCGAGCGAAUAUCCAAAGAAACGGGCAGCCUCGUCUUCAAGUUCGUCGACAAGAGCAUCAAGCAGGACCAUCUGCCGGUCAACAGGAACGUCUCCGACGUGAAAACGCCGCCCUCGCAGCCGCUCAAGAUCGAGGUGAACGGCCACAACGACGGCAAAUCGCCGGCGGCGGACACGCGGGGCUUCGAGCUGCUGAGGCGGUCGCCGCCGAAGUUCACGCCGCCGCCGCCGCCCGUCGUCGUCGACAAGCCGCUCACCGUGACGGAGAUCGAAAAGAACACGAUAAACGCGUCGAAGAACCGCGCGAAAAGUGAAAACGACAGUGUGGAAGUCGUGAAUAGGAACGUGGUGCCGAAAAGAGUGGCGAGACCGAGGGAACCGGUUUCGGAGUCGUCGUUCGUUAUUAAUUUCGUCGGAACGAAAAGGGACGUGCCGGACUACAUUUCGAACGAUAGGUCGCGUAGUGCCAGUAAACCUGAUUUGCCCAAGAGCGGUGAAGGUGGUAUUAUAUUAAUACCAGGAGCAACCAUCUUGGAUUCCUUCACUGAUGAAGACGAGGAGAUCCUUCGGUCCUUGGAGGGUCCGCCGAGUCCGUGCGACGUUGAUUUCAUUAACGAUAACGUCAUUAUCGACGGAAAAUCUAGUCUACACAACAAAUCUGUCCGGUCUAAGUUAAAAAUUUCGUUCGUCGAUUCGGAACCGGACGUGUUCGAAUACCCAUCUGAAACGUCGCUGAUGUUAGACGAUUCCCCGAUGACGUCCCCCGUACAACUAGGUCACACAGUUCCUAAUUUAAGCGGUUCUUCUUUGGCCAAUUACAAGCCGAAAAGUACUGAGAAGUUCCAGCCGGGCGUUACGAAAGUCGCGCCCCAAAUCGUCGUCAAUUCAUUGAAUUCAUCCAAACCGGAGGAAUCGUCGGGAACGGAGGCGUUCGAGCAGAGGGAGGCCGAAAAGCCGUUCAGUUCGGGCGGUAGCGCCGACAUACUUUUUUAG